UUUUGAGGGGUGGGUCUGGGCGGGAAGAUCUCAUAACAAUUCAAAAAUACAUGGGUUUCAUCCCGCGCAAUUUUCCGUUGUGUUCUUUCUCGCAAGUCGGUGUAACAAGCAACUCUACGAGUCUCCUCUUUCUCUGUCAUCUUCAAACAUCGACUGCAAUAUUCUGGGCAAAUUUUUGAGCAAGGUACUUGUGCAAUUUUGGAAUUUUAUUUGCUCAUUCAAAAUUUUAUUUUUUAAUCUUUUUAAAAACUUAAAUCGGUUUUCAUAUUGUUGAAUGAAAUUUUUUCUUUUGAAUUUUAAGUUCUUAUUUUUUAAAAUUGUUUUUCAGUUUUGGAACUUCAAUUACUGAAUAUUUUAGACUGCAAUUCAAAUUCGCUUGAAUUUCCCUUUUUCGUAAACUUUUUUAGCUUAAUUUUUCCACUUUAUUUUUCUUCAAGUUAUAUUUUGGUCUUCAUCUUCAACAUUAUUAGGUUCAGUCAGUGAUUGCUAGAUUUUAGAAAUCUGCAGCUUCAUUUAUCAUGUUUUAGCAUCAAUUCAUUCUAUUACAGUAACGAGGUCAAAGACGCCAUAUCAGGCAUUCAGAGGAGAGAGAGAGAAAGAGAUGCCGCCAAAGAAGAAACAAAAUGGCUCAUCAUCUUCAACAUCCAAAAAAUCUACUCCAAAGACCAACUCUCAACCUUCUAAGUAUGGUAUUCAACACUUUUUUGAGCGUCGUUCUCAAAAUAAUCCAACUUCUUCACAUCAAAACCCUAAACCUUGUCCUAGUUCUGAUCCCAAGAGAUCAAAUUUAGCCGUAAACGGGUCGAACUUGGAGCGAAUUAGGAGCGAAGAAAAAACAGGUGUUGAAAAUGGAGUUAACCCACCAAUUAAGGAUGUGGGUUCACCAGUAUUUGAUCAGAAACUUGAUAAUGGGUCGGAUUUGAAACAGGUUGCAAAUGGAGUUUCUGAGAAAAUUAGGGUUUCUAAGAAUGUGGGUUUAUCGAUUGGUCAAAACCCUAAAAAGGGUUCGAAUUUGGAAUCUGAGAAUACCCCACCAGAUGUGUUGGUGGAUUUGACUGAUUCAGAUGAUGUUUUGGAAGUUACCCCAGAAGUUUCAAAGUGCAUGCCCAGAAAGCGGUUUAAGUUCUCUCCUGGAAUGUUAAUUAAGCAAAGUCAGGAUGAUGGAGGGGAAGUGGUGACGUGGAAGAUUUCUCCUGUAAAUGAGCGCCUUCAAGCAAUUUCCAAGCUUGCUCCUGAUGUAAUGAAGGCUUUAGCUGAUGCUUCGAGGCUUAAUUCUUCCAGCUUCCAGAACAUGUCUGAAAAUACUAAUGUGCAAGUUCCGCAGGGAAAGCUUUUUGAAGAAAAUUUGAUGCCUAUAAUCGGGGCACCUGAAAAAUCAACUUCAUCAAAUGGUGUUGUAUUGAAGGGGGUGAGUCAUGGUCAUAAUACCAAUAUGGACAUCCAUGACGGCAGUGUUUCAGAAUUACAUAUCUCAGGAGCUCAUUGUAGUCAGAGCCCUUUUAGAACUCCACCUUCAUUGUCAUAUCGGCAUGAUAAGCCUACUAAGAGUGUUGUUAAUAAGGAGAGUCUCAGAGAAUGCACAGGACUGAGACAGCAUAAAAAGGCCCUGCUUGAUCUCCUAGAUCAAGUAGAAAGUGCGAUUUCAGUUGAAGGGUCAGCAUUGGAUGGACAGUUGAAACACCCAUCGGGUGUUUGCAAUAAAAUCAGUGGCGAGGAAUCUGUAAAAUCUAAUAUGGCUAGAAAUAGAGUGGCAGCAAAGGAACAAGAGGAGGCUGAUUUGCGAUGUUCUGAUCCUUAUUAUCUUGUCUUAGAGGUAACUGAGAAGCGUUGUACUACUUCAGCUGGAACGCAAUGUUCAGUGAAGGUUCUCCGUCUGCUAAAUGAGCUAAAUGGGGAGGAAAAAUGUGUACAUCUGUGGGAUGACUGGUUCUAUAGCGUGAUUGAGCCUGGAGACACCAUACGAGUUAUUGGUGUAUUUGAUAAUCAGGGAAAUUGUGAUGUAAAUCAUGACAGUAAUCUUCUUAUAACACAUCCUAACCUACUACUUUCAGGGACUCGGGUUGCAGGUAGUUUUGGUUGUCCUAGGCGGGCAGUAUUGGAUGAGAGGCUGAAAUGUGGUGAAUACUCAACUGCAGCAUUAACUGGCACUUUGCUGCACCAAAUCUUUCAGGCCGGGCUUUUAAUGGAGAUUCCCACAAUAGAGCUACUCCAGGAAUUUGCAAAGGUUGUACUUCAGAAAAAUAUCGAAGGCUUGUAUGCUUGUGGAGUACAGGAAAAUGAUAUGCGUGAAACCUUGAAUGAUGCAAUUCCAAGGAUAUGCAAUUGGAUAGCACUUUUCAGAGAUUCACAGAAACCAAAUGCACCUACUGUCGAUUUUGGGCCCAAUGAUGGACUGAUGAGAGUGAGCAUAUGCGAUGUAGUUGAUAUUGAGGAAAUGGCUUGGGCGCCAAAGUAUGGCUUGAAAGGAAUGAUUGAUGCUUCCCUUCGAGUACAAAUUCCCUCGAAUCGAAAAGAGGCUAAUGAAAAGAUAAUUCCCCUAGAGUUUAAAACUGGCAAAGCUACCAGUGGACAGUCCCUGACAGAACACUCAGCCCAAUUGAUCCUCUACACUCUUCUCUUGUCUGAGAGAUAUUUGCAGAAGAUUGAUUCUGGCCUUUUAUAUUACCUGUCGACAGAUCAGACAUUGGGGACUACUGUCCGGAGAUCAGACUUGAUUGGACUGAUUAUGCGUCGGAAUGAAUUAGCUCAUAACAUUAUUAAGGCAUCAGCGGUCCAGCAAUUGCCACAAAUGCUCCAGAGUCCAAAUGCGUGCAGAGGUUGUCGCCACCUUAAUGCUUGUACCAUUUAUCAUAAGGUGCAUGGUGGAAGUUCUGAGAGUAGUGGUUUGGGAGACCUUUUUGAGUCAUUGACUGAUCAUUUAACAGCUACUCACAAAGUUUUCUUAAAACAAUGGGAUCGAUUAAUUGAUCUAGAAGCUAAAGAUUCGCAGCAAACCAAAAAUGACAGAGGGAGAUCAUAUGUUUCAAAGGAUGAGAGCAUCUCUAGCUGCCUCACUUCGAUUGUUCUUGAUGCCUCAGAUGAGCUUCAUCUACAAACACAUGCUAAAGAUGAACGCUUUGUAUAUCGGUUUGUGCACAAGGAUAAUUCCUUUCCUAAUCAGAGAGUGCAUAAUCAAGACUCUAACAAUGUGGAGAAUGAUUUGAAUUCCAGUCUCCGCAGUGGUGAUCGUGUGAUUUUGAGCACUGAGUCUAACAGUCUUAUGGUUGCAAGUGGCAUUAUCACUGAUAUCAGUCGCUAUCAUGUUUCAGUUUCUUGUUCGAAACGCUUACGGCUUCCAAGGAGCACACAAUCUUCGAUGUCGCAGGAUCUUCAUCAUGAGGUCUGGCGGAUAGACAAGGAUGAAGUUGCUACAUCCUAUGGUACCAUGAGGUUCAAUCUGGUACACCUCUUUAUGCAAAGUGCACGAAGUGAUCGUUUGAGGAAGCUAAUUGUUGAUUUUGAGGCUCCUCGAUUCGACAGUGGAUCUAUACUUAGCCAAGAUCCUGCUAUAUCGUAUAUUUGGUCAGAGAAGAAUCUAAAUUCUGAUCAGCGCAGAGCAAUCAUCAAGAUUCUUACAGCAAAAGAUUAUGCUCUUAUACUGGGAAUGCCAGGGACUGGCAAAACAUCCACUAUGGUAUAUGCCGUGAAGGCUUUGUUAAUGAGAGGAGCAUCUGUCUUGCUUACAUCAUACACUAACUCAGCCGUUGAUAGUUUGCUUAUCAAACUAAAAUCUCAGGGGAUAGACUUUCUACGUAUUGGACGAUCCGAAGUUGUGCACAAGGAAGUUCGAGGAAAUUGUUUAUCAGAUAUGGACAUUCAUAGUGUGGAGGAAAUCAAAUGGAAGCUAGAUCAAGUCAAAGUUGUUGCAGUUACUUGUCUGGGAAUUACCAGUCCCUUGCUUGUAAACAAGAAAUUCGAUGUAUGCAUAAUUGAUGAAGCUGGACAGACUAGUCUGCCGGUGUCUCUAGGGCCAUUGAUGUUUGCUUCCAUGUUUGUCCUUGUUGGAGACCAUUAUCAGUUACCGCCAUUAGUGAAGAGUGCAGAGGCUCGAGAAAAUGGGAUGUCCACAAGUUUGUUCCGCAGGCUAUCAGAAGGACAUCCACAAGCAAUAGCAGCAUUGCAGAGUCAGUAUCGUAUGUGUGCAGGCAUUAUGAAACUGUCAAAUUCCCUUAUAUAUGGGGAAAGAUUGCGUUGUGGUUCUCCAGAUGUAGAAAAUGCCAAGCUUAAGUUAUCAAAUAGAGGGUCCAUGCCCUCAUGGUUGAAGGAGGUUUUAGAUCCAGACAAGCCAGUGAUAUUUAUCAACACAGAUUUCUUACCUGCAUUUGAGACGAAGGAUAAGAAGACUGUGAAUAAUCCAAUUGAAGCUUAUAUUGUAGCAGAGAUUUCGGAGGCGUUAGCUAAUCAUGGAGUUGAAAAGGGGGAAAUUGGAAUCAUCACCCCUUACAACUCCCAGGCAACUUUAGUCCAGCAUGUUCUGCAUAUGGAAGCUGUGGAGGUCCACACAAUUGACAAAUAUCAGGGAAGAGAUAAGGAAUGCGUAAUAUUGUCGUUUGUUAGAUCAUCUCGAAAUCCAAGGAACUGCUCAUCUUCGCUACUUGGUGAUUGGCAUAGAAUCAACGUGGCUUUAACACGUGCUAAGAAGAAGCUGAUAAUGGUGGGUUCAUGCAAAACUCUUUCGAAGGUUCCACUUCUAAAGCUUCUUAUUGAGAAAGUGGAAGAGCAGUCUGGAAUGUUUUGUAUCACCAGGAAGGAUUUCGAGCCUAAGACAGAGUUGAAGCGAUGCUCCCACAUCAGAUGAGUGUACAUAAGUUUUCAUGUAUUCUUAAGUUUUGCAAUUAUAUUGUAUCAUCCCAAGAAAUCUGUACAGUGAGUCAGUUAUCCUCCAGUCCCAGCUUUUGUACCAUACAAGGAAUUGGGAAGUGGAGCGGAGUUUUGCCAUUUUAUGUAACAAUGUAAAAUGUAAAUACAGGAAACAACAAUUACCCAACUUUUUUUUAGGGGAACAAUUUCCCAAACUUUGGUGACCAGUUGUAAGUUCAUUGAAGAAUAAUGUAAUAGAUGUCUUUUUUGGCUACAAAUCACCAACUCCAAACUUAAUUUGCCAAUCAAACUUUGUUUUUGGAUUUCCCUUAA